AUGCGUGUCGCCGCCCCCGCCAUUGCUCUCGCCAUUGCGCAGACCUCUGUUGCUGCCCCUCUCGAGGCCCGUCAGUCUAACGGUACCGAAGAAUGCUCACAAGUGCAUAUCUUCUUGGGCAAGGGAAACAACGAGCCUUACCCUGGUCGUCAGGGCAAGCUCGUAAACGCUAUCUGCGAUGGUCUCCCCAGCUGUGACUACGAGAACAUCCUCUUCUACAACCCUGUUGAGGCUCCUUACUGUCAAUCUGUCGAUGAGGGUGUCGCCAACGGUAUUGCUCAGCUCAACGCUUACUCUGCUCGCUGCCCCAACACCAAGUUGGUCAUCAGCGGUUACUCUCAAGGUGCCCAGGUUGUUGGCGACAUUAUCGGUGGUGGAAACGGCACUUUCUUCCAGGGCUGCACAACCACUCCUUCUCCUGCCCUUGACGUCAACUCUGCUCUCGGCAAGCAGAUUGUCGCUGUCACCGUCUUCGGUAACACCAGACACACUGCCAACCAGCCUUACAACCAGUUCAGCGGUGCUCCCGACAACGGUAUCUUCCCCCGUCCCGACUACCAGCUGGCCAACCUUGCCACCUGGACUUCUAAGCUCCACGACUACUGUGUUGCUGAGGACCCCAUCUGCGCUGGUGGUGAUGUUGUUGCCGACCACCUGAACUACUUCGACCUCUACAGCGACACUGCCGCCGCCUGGAUCAAGAGCCAGAUCGCUUCUGCCGAUGUUGUUAUCUCCAGCACCGUCUCCUCUCCCAGCACCACCUUCACCUCGGUCGCCACCUCUGGCAAGGCUGUCCCUACCACCUACGCUUACGCCAACAACACUCAGACCACCACCGAUGCCGCUCUCACCGCUGCUUCUUCUGCUUCCUCUGCUUCUUCUGUUGCCUCAAUUCUCUCCUCGGUCCUCGCCAUCCCCACUGUCGCCCCUCAGUCUGUUGUGACCGUCACUGUCGACUGUGCUUCCGUUGACACUUCUGCCAUCGCCUCUUACACCUCUGUCUGGGCUGCCACUGCUACCGGUACCCAGAACGUUGGUGCUGCUCCUACUGCUCCUGGCUCUGUUGCUGCCACCACUGGUUCUGCCACCACUGGCGCUGCUGGCUCCAAGUCUUCCAGCGCUGCCAACGGCACCCACACUCUCAUGCCUUACACUGGCGCUGCCAGCUCCAUGUCUGGCGCCGUUUCCGGCUCUCUUGCCGCUGUCCUUUUGGGCGCUUUCGCUAUGGUUCUUUAA